AUGGGCUUCACCGAUCUCCUCACCGAUGCCGGCCUUGCCGUGCUCAACAACUGGCUCCUCACCCGCUCCUACAUCACUGGCUACUCGGCCUCGCAGGCUGAUGUCGUCGUCUUCAAGGCCCUGAGCUCCGCCCCGGACGCCGCCAAGUACCCCAACGCGGCUCGCUGGUACAAGCACAUCGCCUCGUACGAGGACGAGUUUGCCACCCUGCCCGGCGAUGCCAGCAAGCCCUACACUGUCUACGGGCCCGAUGUCGCCGAGGUGACCAUCAACCCGGCCAAAGCGCCCGAGAAGGCCGAGGAGGAGGACGAUGAGGAUGUCGAUCUCUUCGGCAGCGACGAGGAGGAGGAUGCCGAGGCUGUCCGCGUCCGCGAGGAGCGCCUGGCCGCCUACCGCAAGAAGAAGGAGGCCAAGCCCAAGACCAUUGCCAAGUCGGUCGUCACGCUCGAUAUCAAGCCUUGGGACGACGAAACCGACAUGGUUGGGCUGGAGGCCGCUGUCCGCGGCAUCGAGAAGGACGGUCUGGUCUGGGGUGCUUCCAAGCUCGUCCCUGUCGGCUUCGGUAUCAAGAAGCUGCAGAUCAACUUGGUUGUUGAGGACGAGAAGAUCUCGAUCGACGAACUCAGCGAGGAGAUCCAGGAGUUUGAAGAAUACGUCCAGUCUACCGAUGUCGCUGCCAUGCAGAAGCUCUAA